AUGUGGGAGUGCUUCUAGUUUUGUUUUUAUUAGGUAUUAUAUCCUUCUGCUUUCUAUGUCACUGUUUCUCUGAUUCUCAUUGAAAAGCUUGAAAACUCCCGGACACAGGUGAAUCAUGUUCCUUGUCAUUCUUUUAUUUGGCUUCUUCCCCCUCAGCUCAGCUCUCUCUCACCAAUACCACUUUGUGAACGAACCGAAAACCUGGAGUGAAGCCCAGAGUUACUGCAGGGCCAAUUACACAGACCUGGCCACCCUUUACAACACGGACGAUGUGAACGCACUCACUCAACUUGGCAGCCAGACUGGCUCUGCUUGGAUCGGACUUCAUGACGACGUGCAGAACAGCUGGAGAUGGUCCAUUACGAACAGCAGUUUCUAUGGUCCAGGAGAGACGACAUAUAGAAACUGGAAUUCGAGCCAAGCUGAACCCAAUAACUUCAGAGGAAAAGAGCUGUGUGUAGAAAUGUUACCUGAUGGAACAUGGAAUGAUUUCCCUUGUGACACCGUCUUUUCAUACAUAUCUUUUGUUUGCUAUGGAGUCAAUGAUACCUACGUUUUGAAUACGACAAAAUUGUCAUGGAAUGAUGCCCAAGCCUCCUGUAGAGCCAACUACAUCGAUCUUGCAAGCAUAAGGAAUAGUACGGAAAAUCAAAAGGUCCAUGAUGCCGCAAACGGCAAUAGAGUAUACAUUGGCCUGUACAGAACCAGAUUGUGGUCAGACGGGAGUGACUCCUCUUUUAGAAACUGGAAAUCCGGUCAACCUGAUAACUCCAAUUAUAAUCAACACUGCACUGCAGUGUCAUUCAGUGACUCGGGCCAGUGGACGGAUGAGAACUGUAGUACUACCCGCCCUUUCUUCUGCUACUCAGCCUUUGAAGCUGUAGGCCUAGUUGGUCUGAGGAUGGCUAUCCAAACAAAGACUGAACUUACUGAGGCUGAGAUUGAAGAGAUGAUUCUAAAACCAUUUCUUGAGGAGCUGAUUGGGAAUGGCCUUCCAAACAGCACGACUGUGAGACUGAGACGUGUUCACCGUAUCAAUACAUGAGGAAGUCAAACAACAUCAUAAUUGGUUUCACAUGUGUAAGAAGUUGUAUUUAUGGUAAUGAAUUCUAACUAGGCUACUACUGCUAACUUUUCAUCUGUGCACUUUUUAUCAUGGGCAAAUCUGUUAAAGAAUUUUGUCAAAUUAGCCGAUAUGGAGUAGCCUACACUUAGUCAUGUGUAACAUGUGCCAUGACAAGCAAAAUGUGACAGAAAAAGAAAACAAAGUGAUAUGCAGUUUCUGAAGCAACUGUAAUUUACACUGAACAAAAAGGGAUUUACCUUAAUAUAAUAUGUUGCCUAGUUAACCUGAUUCCAGGUAACAUCAGUUGAUUGGCAGUGUGGUUUAAGCGAGAGAAAUGAAACACCACAUGACUCCCUGGAGUGCCUACUGCAGGACAUUCACCAAAUAGCAAUAAAAUGAAGAGUUAUUUUCCAAAACGCUAAAUCCACCAUUUUAAUGAAUUUUCGUAAAUAAUUUUUUAACAUUUUUUAUACAACUAAUUUCAGUGGAACUGUAAUUGGGUUAUGUUAAGUUGAUUUAUCUUUACUCAAUCAAAACAAAAUAGCUGCCAGUGUUUCCCACAGAUUAGAAGGCAAUGUGUGGUGGUCGCCACAUGUCUGACGG